AGACUAACAAAACUCAGGGAUCGGAUUUAAUUGUGAGCAAUACUACGACAUAUUCAAUUGGUGCAGGCUUGCUGACCUCACCAAUGAAAAUACUAUUUAAGAUCUGGCAACCAGAUGUUUCACUAGAAUAAGCAGCUGCAAGCAGGGCUUCUUUCAGGCCACUUCAACAGCGACUGUGGAAAGGCUCCAACAGAAAAUAUGAUUGUGUUCCCUUUUUUCUUCGCCUUGCUUUGGGAGAGAGCUCCUGGCUGGGGGUUCAAGGAUGGCGUACUGCACAAUUCGAUUUGGUUAGAGCGAGCAGCUGGAGUAUAUCACAGAGAAGGAAGAAACGGAAGAUACCAGCUUACUUAUGCAGAUGCAAAAGCCGUGUGCGAAUACGAAGGCGGGCAUCUAGCAACAUACCAGCAGCUCGAAGCCGCAAGGAAAAUAGGUUUUCAUAUGUGUUCUGCUGGUUGGCUGGCUAAGGGAAGAGUUGGGUAUCCCAUUGUUAAACCUGGAAGCAACUGUGGUUUUGGAAGGAUUGGAAUUGUGGAUUAUGGCUUUCGACUUAACAGAAGCGAGAGAUGGGAUGCUUAUUGUUUUAACCCUAACGGAAAAGAUUGUGGUGGAGUCUUCACAAAUUCGCAACAUAUCUUUAAAACCCCUGGCUACCCAAAUGAGUAUGAAAAUGAUCAAAUCUGUUAUUGGCAUAUAAGGGUGAAGUAUGGACAGCGGGUCCAAAUUCAGUUCAUUGACUUUGACCUCGAAGAGGAUACAUCUUGCAUGUCAGAUUACUUAGAAAUCUACGACAGCUACGAUGAUGUCAAUGGCUUUGUGGGCAGAUAUUGUGGAGAGGAACUACCAGAUCCAAUUGUUAGCACAGGAAAUGUCAUGACGUUGAAAUUUUUGUCAGAUGCUUCUGUGACGGCAGGAGGCUUUCAGAUGAAGUACAUCGCUCUAGAUCCACCAAAAAGGAGUGCUGGGAAAAAUACAACAACCCAGAGCAACAAAAAUUAUUUAGCUGGGAAAUUUGGUAUUAUGUGAAAGAACAUUGCUAUGAAGUGGGAGGAGGGAGAAUGGCCUGGAAUGUCUGCCUAUGGAAGGGGUCUCGUCUCCAUGUCCUGCAGUCACUGAGAUUGCCGCUGAAUCCCCAGUGGAUUCCUGUCCCUAUCAUCUCGUCAUCUCUUCCCAGUCUUCUCUUCCCUGGAUCUCCAGUUGAAACACACUCCCCAUCCAAAUAUCCCCACCAUCCAGCAGAUCUUCUCUUGACUCUUCCUCCUUUUGCACUUUUCUCCCCAGAUGGGAAAACCCUUCUUUUUGUUACAUUUCUUUUUACACGUUUUCAUUUUUAAAAUGUCAGGAGCCAAGUGAACUGAGCAAAUAAAUUAUCUUUUCUGCUUCA